UUCCGAAUUGCGCAGCCCACCAAGCUUCUGCUGACUGAGCAAAGUGAACCGAGCAAAUCCGCCACGACUCUUCCAUCAUCAUCAUCAUCAUUGUCAUCAUCAACAUUCGCAUCUGUCGGAACGAUCUGAAAACACCGUCGGCCACGAGCAGCCCUUUGCUAUCACAUCUAUAAAUCACAUAAUACUAAUACCGCUAUAAUAUCUACCAAUCGUUCUUCUACACCGAAGCCACUGCAAAAUUGCACCGCGAUUCUCGCUCUCCGUCAUAAAAUCGAAACCAUACGCUGUUGUUGGAAAGUGUGACAGCCGCACGCGACAAUAUGGCUGAACAAUCGGUGCACUUGAACUGGUCGGCGCCGUUCAAUGUUACGCACCCCUCGCGGAUCGCAAGCAAAGACUUGCAGGGCGACAAGAUUCUUCUCCCGCAGUCCGCCUUGGAGCAGCUCCUUUCCGCCUCGACGACCAUCUCGACAACCCCUUCGAACUCCCAUACUUUCACCGCCUUCGACCCUUACAAUCCAUACUCUGUCGCUGCCGCGCGUCGAGAACGCUCAAAUUUCCGUGAAACCACGCAACAGUUACCGCAUCCAUUGAUGUUCCAACUCAUCAACCAGAGCAAUGGGAAUUCUGUCUUUGCCGGUAUACGGGAGUUCUCGGCUAAUGAGGGGGAGGUUGCCUUGAGCCCUUACCUUCUCGAAGCAUUGGGUAUCCAUGAGGACGACAUCAAGGAUACCUCGCCGCCAGCAGAUACACAAACGGAUGGGCCAGAGGUUAUCGACCUGACGGAGGACGACGCUAUCAACCAGACGACCCAAGGUUACCAAAUCACAGUCAAGGCUCGGCAACUACCAAAGGGCACUUACUUACGCCUACGUCCCCUCCAGGCUGGCUACAACCCAGAUGACUGGAAAUCUUUACUCGAAAGACAGCUUCGCGCCAGCUACACUACCCUCACAAAAGACUCCAUUCUCUCCGUUACGGGUGUCAAAGGCGAAGAGUUCCGUUUUCUUGUUGACAAGUUCCAACCUGAGGGUAACGGCAUAUGUGUGGUAGACACCGAUCUCGAGGUCGACAUUGAACCGCUUAACGAAGAGCAAGCUCGCGAAACACUACGACAAAUAGCCGAAAAGGCGCAAAAUUCACCGGGGACGGAGGCUGGCAGUUCAAUUGGCCAUGAAAUAGACAUCUGGAAGGAUGUCCAUGGUCAAGUUUUAGCAGGGGACUAUGUUGACUAUACUUUACCCUCCUGGGACAGGUCACGCCCCCUUGCUAUCGAGCUGUCGAUUGAAGACGAUCAAGAGGUUGAUCUCCUCAUUAGCCCCAAGUCCAGCCGACAACGAGCGCUGCCCCGGGAUUACGAGCAUGUCUUUGCCGAUUUCUCAUCGCCAAAAGAUGGUGUAAAGCGCGUCAUCAUCCAGCCUGCCAAUAUUGAACUCGAGGGUGCGGAAAGCCUCCUGAUAGCCGUUUAUGGCUCCUCGAUACCAGAUCAGCCUACUUCCACGGCCGCACCUCGACGAUACACUCUCCGAGCCAAGGCUGAAGAGGUGCAAGGUUCCGCAACAGCACCGGUUGUUCUCGCGAGUUCACCCGCAAAGAAUGCCGACGAAGAGCAGUGCAAGAACUGCUUGCAGUUCGUGCCAAAGCGGACGAUCGUUUUACACGAGAACUUCUGCGUCCGAAAUAACGUUGUUUGCCCUCAUUGCAAAAAUGUCUUUCAAAAAUCAUCCGAGGAGUGGGCUGCCCACUGGCACUGUCCAACUCACCCCGAGGCGUAUGGCUCAACACCAUUUAGCAAAAGCAAGCACGAUUACAUCCAGCACACAACUCACGUUUGCCAGUCUUGUGGACCAUCUAGCCCGUUCUCUUUCCCAUCCAUGACCGAGCUGGCGCGCCACCGCACGACCGUGUGCCCUGGCAAAAUUAUCCUGUGUCAGUUCUGCCACCUCGAGGUUCCUCAGGAAGGUGAUCCGCUUGGUCCAGCUUCGGAGGCAGAGACUGUCAUAUCAGGUCUGACCGCCCAUGAGCGAGCCGACGGUGCUCGCACGACCGAUUGUCAUCUGUGCGGAGCCAUUGUCCGUCUGAGGGACAUGGCUGCCCACAGCACAAAUCAUGAGCUGGACAAGGUGUCCCGCCCCAAACCGGAAGUAUGCAGAGACGAGCUCUGUGGGCGGACUCUACAUGGUGUUGGUCCUCGUGGGCAAAUCAAUGGCGGAACCCGAAUGGGCCAAGGCCCAGGUAACGACCUCGGUCUUUGUAGCCUAUGUUUCUCUCCGCUCUACGUUAGCAUGUAUGACCCUGAAGGCAAAGCAUUGCGGAGGAGGAUCGAAAGGCGCUACCUCGCUCAGCUGAUGACCGGCUGUGGUAAGAAAUGGUGCCAAAACGAAUGGUGCAAGACAGGUCGCGCCAACAAGGGGCUAGAACCCCUAGGCUCUAGUGCUGCGGCUGCUCUACCCUUGGUGAAGCCACUUUUGGAAGACAUCAGAGACUGCUCAAAGCCUAUGCACUUCUGCGUCGAUGAGGCAUCUCAGCGCCGUAAGAAGACCGCCGAGAUGCUGGCUGCAGAAGGUGUCUGGGAGCGAGAGUGGUGCAUUGCUGCACUUGAAGCUGAGGGUGGUGAUCUUACAAAGGCCAGAAGCUGGUUGGCUGACUGGGCGCCGACAAAAUUCGGCAAGUAAUACGGUACACGCAAUCUUUGAAGAUAAACGGGCUGGUUGGCCUGGAGCAGCAAUCCGGGUAUGGCAUCAUAGACGAUUUGAAUGAUUGAUACCCAUUAAUAGAGUUAGAUGGCAUUCAGGAUUUUAUAGAGCAACAAGCAUCAGUUUCUUUUCAUACCAUCAACAUACAUGUUUCUUUGGGCUGUAUCUUCU